GCAUUUUUUGGCAGUGUGGAAUGAUCAUGCUUUGGCAGUGUAGAUACAUGUUAUAUUGGUGUAGAUAAUGAUACGGGGGGUGUUCCUGAGAAUGCCGACCCAUGUGAUCCCUCGACUCUGCUGCGCGUUCGCCCGAAGAGGACUGUUCGACCUUUGAGAUGUUAUGAAGAUGAUAUUUAAUUAUUCCUUAUUCUUAUUUAUUGUACUUUAGAUUUUAUUAGAGUACUCCGUAUUUUGUAAUCUAAGACAAUCACAUGUGUUGGAUUCUAAGAACAAUGAUCUGACGACCCUAGCUCCUUCCACUUCUUCAUUCACCUGUCAUAAUCUUUUCCGAAACUUCUAAUUCACAGCCACGAAACUUCAUGCUCCAUUACAGAUUUUAUUUACCUUCUUGAUUUUAUUUUAUUACUUCUGUAUUUUUUUCCCCCAAUUUUGAGACAUGGGUUUGCUGGAAAAGCUUGGCAGGAUAGAUUGGGAGCAAGAAUCGUACCCAAAUUACGAGGAUUUCGCAGCUCUUCCAUUGUUCGCGCUCUUCUUUCCCACUAUCAGAUUCUUGCUCGACAGAUUCGUGUUUGAGAAUGUGGCCAGAAGGUUGAUGUUUGCAGAGGGACAGUGGGCGAUGGAGAAGGAGACAGAUGAAAGGAAGAAAAAGAUGAGGAAAUUCAAAGAAUCAGCAUGGAAGUGUGUGUAUUAUCUUUCAGCUGAAAUAUUUUCACUUGCUGUAACUUACAACGAGCCAUGGUUCAAGGACACAAAAUACUUCUGGGCUGGACCCGGGGAUCAGUUCUGGCCCGAUCAAACGUACAAGUCUAAAUUGAAGGCACUUUACAUGUAUGCUGGUGGGUUCUACACGUAUUCAAUAUUUGCCCUUAUGUUUUGGGAAACAAGGCGAGCUGACUUUGGCGUUUCUAUGAUCCAUCAUGUCGCAACUGCCAUACUGAUUGUUCUAUCCUAUAUAUUCAGGUUUGCACGUGUUGGUUCAGUGGUUUUAGCUCUUCAUGAUGCUAGUGACGUAUUUCUUGAAAUAGGAAAGAUGUCCAAAUACAGCGGUGCUGAAACUAUUGCUAGUGUUGCAUUUGUUCUGUUUGUUUUGUCUUGGACUCUGCUUCGCAUUACAUACUAUCCUUUCUGGAUUCUGUGGAGUACAAGAAUGCUUGUUAAACAAAUCCAAGACAGAGGCAAAGUCAGUGAAGAUGUUCGUUCUGAUUCUGAGGGGGAGGAUGAUCCUGAGCAUGAAGAUUGACCACACCGGAAUGCUUUUCGAUUUUUCAUUUCCCACUUAAAGGGUUUAGGGUCAUGUAUUCUUAAGUGCAUGUUGAUGGUCAAGCACUAUGGGACUUGGCAUUCGUUCCUUUGCACGAAUCUGGCUUUUGACUUUAUAUGCUUCUUGAUGGUAAUAUGUGCUUCUUGUGUUCUUCAGCUCAUUUAUCUUUGUGUCUUCUUCAUAGCUGAUUAAAUUGUUCUUGAAACAACAAAACCCAGUAUAGUUCCAGUCUCCCAAGGCCUUUUGGGGUUGACCAUCAAAGCAUUGUUGCAUUGAAUAUGUGAUUUUGAUCUUGUCUUUUGUUUACUAGAAGCUUAGAUAUUGUCAAAAUGACGAUUCUAGGCUUCUAGGUUCAAAAAUUAUGUCUUAUUGCACGACGGUGUAUGUGUUCUUAUUAGUCAUUACUGUCAAAGUAAUAUCAAUCUUGUGUGAACAAACAUUAAUGGUACAAGGAAGAUCCAAU